AUGUCAGAUCCUCAACCUGAUAAAGAAAAUCAAGUCCAUCCAAAACGAUUUAUAGAAAGUGACGCGGGGGAUGGAACAUUAAGAGAAGAUCAAUAUCUUCAUGGAUUUCAUUUGUUCGCUUGUUUCGCUGGUGUGUUUCUUUGUAUGUUCUUAGCAGCAUUAGAUCAAACCAUCGUAGCAACUGUCUUAACUACCGUUGGAAACAAAUUCAAUGCUUUCGAUAAAGUGGGGUGGUUAUCCACUGGUUUCCUUUUGUCGUCAGCCGUGCUUAUUCAACCUUUUGGUAAAUUAUCAAUUAUAUUUGGACGUAAAUAUACCAUGUUAGUGGCAAUUGUCAUAUUUGAAGCGGGAUCUUUAAUGUGUGCUCUUUCUAAUAAUAUGGAUGUAUUAAUCGGUGGAAGAGUUCUAGCUGGUGUAGGUGCUGCAGGUAUACAAAGUCUUACCUUUGUAAUUAUUAGUGAGGUGGUACCAAUUGAAAAGAGGCCAAUGGGAAUGGCCCUUAUUAGUUGUGUAUUUGCUGUUGCAUCUGUUUUGGGUCCCUUAAUUGGUGGUGCGUUCACUACACAUGUAACUUGGAGAUGGGCAUUCUAUAUCAAUUUACCAGUUGGUGCAGUUGCUCUUUUAUUCUUCACUUGGGCAUUCAAUCCACCACGUCCAACUAUUAAAAUCAUGGAAGAAUUAAAAAGAUUUGAUUAUGUUGGGAACUUUCUUUUAAUAGCUGGGUGUGUCAUCUUUCUUUUAGCUUUGGCCUUUGGUGGUAGUAAUUAUGGAUGGGAUUCAGCUGCUGUUAUUCUGUGUUUUGUCCUUGGUGGGGUUAUAUUGGUCAUAUUUUCAUUUUGGAAUAUAUAUUUUUCAAAAGAUCAAAUAUUUGGAACUGAAAUUAUAACCAAUAGUUAUAUUCUCGCUUCAGCUACCGUUAUUUCCAGUACUUUUGGAUUCUUCAUUACUAAUAUAUUAUUCGUAGCUAUUUAUUUUCAAGUUAUUAAGGAUGUUAGUGCUAUGGCUUCAGGUUUGCACAUAUUACCUAUUAUUAUUCCAGUUGUUAUAUCAAGUAUUUUUUCGGCAGUUACCAUUCAAAAGUCUCAUUAUGUGAAGCCAUUUAGUGUGAUUGCUGGAAUUUUAGCACCAAUUGGUACUGGACUUUUGACUUUACUCCAAGUCGAUUCUCCAUUUUCAAAACAAGUUGGAUUAUUAAUUAUAACUGGAAUAUCAGUUGGACUUCAAAUGCAACCUUGUGUUAUAUCAGCUCAAAUAAGUGCACCAAAAACACCUGGUAGCACCAUUAUGGUUACUACUAUGAUUAAUUUUGCCAGAUGUAUAGGAGCAGCACUAGGAACUGAUUUAGCUGAUGCAGUAUAUACUGCAUCUUUGAAGAAUAUUAUGAGAAAGGCAAUUGCAAAUGAAACUAAUCAAACUAUAUUGCAACAAUUAGAAGGUAUAGAUCUUAGUCUGUUAAUGUCAAACAAUGCCUUUGUUCAAAAGUUAUCACCAGAUGCUCAAUUUUUUGUCAAAACACAAAUCAUGAAAGCUCUUCGUAAUGUAUUUUAUACUAGUGUUGGGUUCUCCUGUAUUACUACUGUUGCAUGCUUGUUUAUAACGAACAAGAAAUUACCAAAGAUAAGUGGCCGUUUGCCUCCGACUGAAAAUGAACAUGCAGAGGAACAAAUCGAAGAGACUGAGAACAAUCAUUCAGGUUCAGCGGAAAUAAAGAGAGAAGAAAAUAGUUCGGAACCUGGAACCGAUUCGCAAUCUACUAGUGACUAA